CGAUGGACUUUGUGAGCCAGGAGCGAGGUGAGAUGACAAUGCUGUACGACCUCUUUUUCGCCUUCAUGCAGACCAGCCGCCACCGGGAGGCCCGCAAAAUCAUUGAGGUGGGACCGCCACGCCGCCGCCACACCACCACCAUUGUGUUUGCACACAGCACACAGCUAUUUAAAAAAUACUUAAUUAGAUGGCAGUAAUAAGUUCCCUCUUUUUAAAUUAAAUUGGGUCUAAAUCUGAACUAAUGCCAUUUCCCACCAACACAAUAGGCCAGCCGGGAGGGUGGGAUGGGAGAGUGGUGGAGGCAGAGGAGUGUGUUUGAGCGUGUUCCGUGCUGGAUGUGGCCAAUGGUUUAUAUGAAAAGCAGUCACUUAUUUCCCGUUUCUAUUAAGAGAUUGGAGCCAAUCCUAUCUCUGUGAAUUUCCUGGGAGCUCACAGGUCAGGGGUUAAGCUACAGUUCUGAUUGAAGGAUUGACUGCGUUUGUAUUUGCAUAUUAACUGGCUAGAGAAGACAGGCACAUUCCUGAACACAUUGCUGUAUGUAGCUGUGGUGUUAUCUGGUAGGUUAAUGCCUUCAACUCUGGGGAGAUGUUUAAUGUCUCAGGAACCAGAUUAAUAUGAUAUAGCCAUUCUGAGAUGGCCAGCGAACAUAGUUUCAGGAGAGGGAUGCUGAUUGGGUUGUUGUGUGAGGUGGUUUCUGGUUAGGUUUAAGGGGGUAGGGUUAAGGGGGAACAUCAUUCGGGGGGGGUUCAGCAGAGCUGCACGUUGAAGAUGUGUUUUGCGGCUGGAGUGGAGAGGAGCUUCUAUUAGUUGAAGGUACCUAGGGAAGAAGAGCUCCGUACAAGUUCUGUUUCUGAGGCGCUUGAUUCGUUUUCUGUGUCUUUUGUUCGUAUCAGUCCGUCUGCCGUCUCUGCUUUCAGGCCGUUCCCCCGACACACACUUCAAACAUGUGCAGCUCAGGAGUGUAUUCUUCCUCACUGAACAUUAUUCAGACAAAACCAUUCAGAUGUUUAAUUAUCCAACCAUUCUAAUCUCCCAGCUCAAUUCCCCUGUCUACUCUGUCCACUUGCAUGACUGGAUGGAUACCAGUUAGUGCGGAUUAGUGUCAUGAGGUGUGUGUCUGUUUGUAUUUUUGUUUUGUCAUGAGGUGUGUGUCUGUGUGUUAUAUGUGGGGCCGAAGCUGGAAUGCAGAUGCUAUAACCAUAUGUCUUAAUGCAGAAAUUAAUUUGACCAAAGACACAAUCCAUCUUGUUUAGGAUUACACCCUUACCAUUUCCAGAUCUGUGCCCUCAUACAAUCCUUAUUCAAGUUAGAUAGUUGUAGUGCUUGUUAUUGUUGUUCUGGGCUGCAGCAGUCUGGCUGGCAGGCAGGGCCGAUCCUCAGAUCCUAAGCCUCUUCCUGGUUAUUAAAAACUCAUCAGAUGAGGAGGCUUUGGUCCUGGGGGGAUAAGAUGAAAAUGAUGUCUGAGGAUGGAUCUACAGCAGAGGGACGGUCACUUGAUAGGGAGGGGAGCAGGCGAUUUAGUUAUUUGGCCCUGAACGCCUUUUAAUAUCCUGAUUCCUCAGGAUGAGAAUAAUGCUGUCUGCUGGAUCUGCGUGGUUCGCUCGCUCGCUCUCUCGCUCGCUCUCGCUCCACUCUCUCGCGGUCUCGCUCCUCUCUCUCGCGCUCUCCUCACUAUCUCACUCACUCUCUCUCUCGCUCCUCACUAUCUCACUCACUCUCUCUCUCUCGCUCCUCACUCUCUCUCUCUCGCUCCUCACUCUCUCACUCACUCUCUCAACUUUACCAGAUCAUCUAUGUAUCCUGGUCUCCUGGCCCUGGGACAGGGCUAGCCAAAAGCUGCUUGUCCCCUCUGCGUUUCUAUAAGGAGGAAUUAGGAAAUGAACUAUGAUUCCCAAACCCUCUUAAAUAUUGACAUGCUAUUAUUGUGUACUAAUACCCCUGUAAGAAUGGCACGCACAGUCCCUGUCCCAUGUCAUCUUAGAGGGGGAGGUUUGGACAAGCUUCAGAUGAUACCAGACCAACACAAAAUAUUUAGUAUUAUACAUUUCAACUUCAAUCUCUUCUUUUGGGUUUUUGUUUUGACCUGAAAUGCCCUUCUUCAGUCCUAUUGACGUUCUGCUGGUUUUGGAUGUUUGUGAUAAUCUUUUUCAAAUGUGGGCAGUUGGAUUUAGGCCUGAAGGGGGUCCUCUGUCUGGUAUAUUGUGAACUUGUGACUCACUACAUGUAGUUGUGUACUGUGGGAUGGUUAAUGUCUCCAUGUUGAGCAGAUUUUUAUAUUGAGGCUAAAUGGAGAAGAGAACUCUCUACCUGGUCUGUCUAUAAAUAGCAGCGAAGUGGUCUCCUCAUGUAGGACCGGUGGGUCAGAAACAGAAAAGGCUCUCGUUCCCCCAGCCAGAUAUCCUCUCCAUGUGAACUCUGGCCCCUAACUCUGCCCACUAAUUAAAAUGAGUGAUAUCUGGGAGGUCAGAUGGAUGACAGAGAUCUAUCACAGAGACCUUUCCUCUUCAGAGUGGAGAUUCAAGUGUCAGAACAGAGGGGCUAGCCGCUGACUCUGUUUUGUAUAAUUGCGAGGUGAUUAAUUGCAGAUAAUUAAAUGAAAUACAAUAGAAAUGGGUGCCACUUUUUGGUUAUGGUUAAGGUUAGGUGGUUUUGUUAAGGGGUGGGUACCAUUAGGGGUGUGUGUGUGUGUCGGAUAAGGUGUAUAAGUGGGGAGUAUUAAUUAUAAGUGUCAAAUACAAGGAAUUGAGAUUGUUGAGCGUAAUUUGUGAGAGGGUGGUAUGACUUUACGUGAGGAUAGGUAUAGAAAGGCUAUGUGAGUUUGUGCAACAGUCACUACUGCAUUGUCUUUGCUGUGUGUGUGAUGUGAGCUUGUUGUGGCACUCUAGUCCAGACAGCGUAUUCAAAGGGGCUGAGUUUCAUAAGCCACAAAGCAGCAGGCAGGAGAUUGUCUUAAUAAUCUGACCUAGAUGUCCUUUUGGGGAUUGGGAUAUGUGCUGGAAGUGAAAAGUAGAGAGUGAGUGUGUGUGUGAAGCAGGAGCUGGAGGAAGAGGGACUUAUCACCAUGGAUUUUAUGCCCAGGAAGAUUUGCCCUCAGGGGGCUUAGAUCCCUGGCUGGAGGGGGUAGCUAGCGGGGCCGGGGGGGGAUUUCCUGUUCGGAGUAGAAAACAAAUGUACCACUUGCACUCUGCCUUAUUUACUAAGCAGAUUAGACGCGGCGGCGGAGAACAGAACAAAUUGUAAUUUGUCCUUUGGCUGGUUGUAUAAGACCAUAAUGCGUGGUCUUUUUUUGAUCAAGUAGCCGUGGUAUGAUGUGGUCCUGCAGCACAGGGCCCGUCAGACAGGGGGAUUGAGAGAUCUUGGUCAUAGACAGAUUAACAUGUCAGGGCAGAGUAGAAGAACCGAGGGACUAUCUCAUUCUGAUUGACUGGAGCACUGAUGAAAUCCUGAUCACUGUUAUCCCAUCUCUAACCCCUUCCACCCCACCCCUCCCUAGCCCAUAUGAACACGUAUCACUCCAGAAAUAGUGUGCUUAUGCCACCCUCCCAGUGUGCGUGUCCAAAGGGCAUCAUACUAUAGUAUUAUCCAGAACCAUUAUUAUAUGUCUCUGGUAUUAUCCAUAUACACCCUUCAUCUUCUGUCUUUUCCAUGGGAUUCUGUUUCUGCUCAUUCUGAUCCUGUUGGAUAUUAAAUACUUGAGUUGAGAUAUUCAGUUCUGGGAAAUUACAGGAAUUUAUGGGUUUAAUGUGUAUUAAACCAAAUACUCAAUCGUAUGAGAUGGAGGUUCCAGUAUGUUUCAGCUUGUUGCAUUUUUGAUGUACUCUGUACAGAAAGGUUUAUCAGGCACUAGUUGAUUCAACAUAAACCACUCUGUAUUUGUUUAAGUAAGUCCUUUCUGUUGUUCCCACAGACUCCAGGUUUAAGGGCUAGACCAGGACGCCUUCAGUGGUAUGCUGAGAAAUGCAUUAACGGCAACCAGGUGAGAGGGAGACAACACACACACAAGCACGCACGCGCACACACCACAUGUCUAAAGUAUUGUGUCCCUGUGUAGAUGGAGUCUUUGGAGAGCAUGGUGGAGAUGACAGCCAAGCUGUUUGAAUGUGAUCGAGAUGAGAUGUAUCACUACAUGCUGCGGCUCUGCAGUAAGUCCCCCUCAGCCUCCAACCGUACUCUUCUGACUGUCUGUCUUCCCCGUAGAGAUCCUAUUAAGUUACUAUUCUAUUAGUAUUCUAAUCUGGGUUGGGCUCAAUUCUAAUCGAAGGCAGUCAAUUCAGGAAGUAAACUGAAAUUCCAAUUAAAUUAUUGAAAAAGGGCAUCUAUUUUUAAUGACUUCUCAAUGAACUGAAAAGGAUCUGAUAUUUGUCAAAAGUUUUUAAAUGUUUGGAUAAAAAAUUCUAAUCACUUCCUGAAUUGACUGCCUUCAAUUCAAAUUGAGCCCAACCCUGAUUCUAAUUCAUAAUUCUAUGAUCUUUCCUAUAUGGAUGGACUGACUAGAUGACAGAUAUUGUUAAUCCACAUUCUCCAACAGGGGAAAUUGAUGAACCUCACUUUACCCCUGACUGGUUAUAUUAAGCCCCUGUCAACUAUCCCUAAAGCCACUACUACUUACCUCCAUCUCCUCUUCUCAUAUGACCUUUUAACCUUUGCCCCCCAAAUCCCUGGCAGCAAUGUGGCGUGAUCAGUGGUGUAACCCCGGGGCCAUUUUGUGUGCGAGAGAAUGGGGUCAGAAUCCCAGUGUCCACAGAUAGUGAAUGAUUAGAUUACAUCUCGUGAUUGGAAGAUUUUUGGAACUGUUUUCCCAAUUCAGCCUGGGUCAGAUAAAGCCUGCUCGAAUACAAAUCAAAUCAAAUCAGCCCAGAGUUAAGUGUCUGACUGAAGAAUAAUUAGCAGAUUAGGCCUUUUCUGCCUUGAUUGCUCUCUCAGCAUUAAGCAGGAUGUGUCAACAAGGAAUCUUUGUGUGUGUGUGCGUGUAUACACGUUUGUGUGCGUGUAAUUUGUAAAAAAAUGUAACCUUUAUUUAUCCAGGUAGUCUCGUUGAGAAUAACAUUUUUCAAGACGGACCUGGUGUGUGUGUACAUAUGAUCAUGCUCUUUCACACCUUCAGAGGACACAAACGACUGGCGCAAGGCGGAGGCCACCUGGACCAAGAUGCAGGAGGAGAACGUGAUACCAAGAGAGAGGACUCUGCGCAUGCUGGCCGACAUCCUCAAGAGUAAUGGACAGGAGGUGCCCUUCGAGGUGCCUGAGGUAAAAAGCCUUCUGAAAUCACCUACCGCUCUGCCACCGCUAGUAAGCACAGCUCUCCUUAUAUUUUUAUUCAAUCAAAUCAGUAAUUCCACAAAUCAGUGUUUGCUUCAUUAAAGCUCAUCCUCUGAUAAUGUUCCGUUUGUUGCACAGAGAAUAGCGGGCAGGACGCUACCUUUUAGUACCUCAGUGUGUUAUAGCCGUCAUUAUCAUUGGCUUGCCAUGGUGCCCCCUCUGUCCUGGUUGACUCCUGGUUGGUUGAAAUCCCUGAACUAGUCUGAUUCUCCGCACAUCUGGCCACAGUCAGUCUGAAACUGCAAAUCCUUGUAUUUUAGCUACAUCUAGGGGAAAUUGGAAUUUGGGAUGAUCGUUGGGAAAAUCUGACAUUGGGACAGGAAUUAAUACUAGCCCCUAAUGCCCAACUAAUUCAGCCACUGCUAAAUACCACCAUGUCUGCUGCUUAGUGGACUUUAGCACAAGUCGCUAGAGGACUCUGGCAGAGGCUACUGGAAAGAUGUGACCAAAUUACCCAGCAUUCUGUCCGCCUGACUGCACCGGUUUCCUCUGUUGAUUCAAAAUACAUUAUUUCUCCAUUGGAAUACAUAAUUUUCCAGCUUCCUUCCAGUUGUGUCCAUGUUUGUUUGCUUGUUGGGGAGGCCUGGAGCCAGAUGAGACUCAAAGUGAUGGCAUUAGCCCUUGGUGAUGACCCUUGUGACCUGAGGCGCCCUGGAGUUGUCAACCCCCACACCCCCUUUUAGCCUCCCUGGCCCUUAUGCCUAGCCUAAUUUACCCCUGGCCAGCAUAGCUUAACCCCCUCCCCCGGUCGCUGAACGGGUGACUGAAGAUCGAGGGGCCCUACCCAGUCUACUAAACACACACACAUCUCACUCAAAAAAGACGCAUCACAAUUCUUAUACUUAACGGGAAAUUUCGCAUGAUAUGCGCAACAGGUUCCUGCAACGCGGGUAUGAUUAGAUUGUCAUUGAAUAGGCCUAUACCCGUGCUAGAGAGACUGAACGUCAAAGCCUACUCGCUGGCACGAAUAGAAACCAGGACAAAACACCCCCACGUUUGUGUUUUUCCACGGAGUACAGGCUAUGUGCCGGCCGCGUCAAAUCCAUUGAAUUGAAACACUGGAACAUCCCCAAUAGUUAUCCAAAUCUACGAGAGUUCACAACAUUGCCCCGUCGCAUUUGUUUUCGCCUUACGCGCAAUCUAGCCAAUUCCGUUACGCACAGCAUGCAGCUACCCAAGAAGCGUGACAUUUGGCUCCCAGGCCCGCCCAAUGGCAAUUACAAGUGUGGCCACUGUGUACAUUGUGACAAUUCGACCAAUACUAACAUUUUUGACCACCCGGAGAAAAGGUAAAGAAUACAAAAUCCAAAGCUUCAUUAAUUGUAGCACCACAAAUGUCAUAUACAUGCUUAAUGCAUCUGUGCUGCUGUUUAUAUUGGUCAAACUAAACGAGCAUUGAAACUUGGCAUCGCAGAACAUAAGGCUGCUAUUAGAAAGAAAAAAAACGACUAUGCUAUGGCGCACGCCACUGCAUCAAAGCCAACCAUGGCUCACCUUCCUCCCUGCUCUUUGUAGCCAUAGAACACGUCCAAAUUUCACCAAGAGGAGGUGAUAUUGAACGUAAACUAAAACAGAGAGGCAUUCUGGCAGUGCUCCUUAGACACUGUGGAACCAAAGGGGCUAAAUUAUGAUUUUUCACUGUCCUCGUUUCUAUAAUGUUGUUGCCUUGAUUUUUAAGUAAGUCCUUUCUGUUGUUCCCACAGACUCCAGGUUUAAGGAGUCUCUGUCUCCGGAUUCACAGACACCCAAAUAUCACCUAUGUAUAUUUUGACAUGGCCUAUUGAUUGAGACACACUAUUUAAGUUAUUAUUUUGUGCUAUAAUUUGCCAUUUACCUUGAAACAUAUCAUAAUUUGUUUACAUUGGGUCUCAAUGGGCCACUAGGCUAUAACUAAAGCUACUAUAUGUGCGAUGGUCAGGUCACUUUGAGGAAGAUGUCAGCUUGACGUUGAAACGUCCUUCACCUGUUCACAUCCUGUACAAUGGAUUAAAGUGAGCAAUAAGAAAUCAAUCUCUGACUUUUUUUGUAGAGUGCUCCAAUUCCUUUUUACCUCAAAUUAGUCCUUUUGGACGUUUUUCUUGGUAAACCAUUCUGUGAAAUGUCACAUUAAGACUCUGUUUGUCUUUAUGUUGUCCGAGGCACUUCUAGGACAGUGAGAUGUUUUACACAUAAUUGGCCACAAAGAAGGCGGGGCUGGGUUUUGCCACAUCCAGUGUAUUGACGGGGUGGACGAGAUCUGUAAAUGAAUGUAGUCCUGCUUUGUGGCAUUUCGCGAAGCCUCUGUUAUACCGAUCACACACUACAUAUGUGUGCAUUUAGUUGUGGUUGUCUUUGUUCGAUAGAGCCUUUGGACAUCUUUCAGCGAUGUCCCUAUCGGAAGAUUCAUUGCUAGAAAUACAAAGUUACACGUUUUUUUCCAGCCUCUGAAAGACUACAGCUCGGUGUAGGGUGGUGUUUCCUGCUCUGGCCCCAUCGUGCAGCGUGCAUUCGCUAUAUGCCGGACCUUGUGGUACACUAUGAGCAGACAAAUACACAGGAAGUCGAUACUUCCUGAUUCUACCAGUGAAAUGAAAAUGCACUUGUUCUAGCUUGUGGUGAGGAGAUUUUUGAUGGUUAUGAUACAACGUAAUGUUGUUAAUAUACUUCAUCCUUCAGUCUAUUGACCCGUGCGUCAAUCCUAAGUAACAUAAUAAAAAAAAUCACUAUCAAAAUCCGUCAGUUUAAGCUAGAGAUAUUUGCAUGGGCUGCGUCUCAAUCCACCGCAUCCGCCUUUGUCUGCCUUCUGCGUCUGCGGAGGAAGGUUGCCGAGCUACAGCGGUGUUUGUCAGACUAUGAGACAUCCCGAAAAUCGGUCUUCUCAUGAAAAUGUGUGUAGCGUCCGAACGGUUUGGCCUACAAACUAAUAUGGAAAGAUGAGGACUACCACGAACACGGUGUUCUCCGUUUUGCUAUACGACCCCCACAAGUCGUAACGCUUAUAUGCCAGCUUCUGUCUGUAGCAUCCGAACCGUGUGGGCGACAAACUAACCCCACUGUGGAAAGGGGAGACUCACGAUAGUGUUCUCCAUUUUGCUCUACAACCCCCACAAGUGUCACGGGACUCAUCUGAAGUUAACCCAUACAAAUUAAUGGAAGUAGUUCUGUCCCUACAAAAAUAAGGGGUUAAAUAUGUGUAAAACAAAAAAAAACAUAUUUCCUGAGCUUUCUUAUAUCUUUAGAUAUAGGACAGAUGCAUCAAAACCUUAUUCCUAAUUAUUUACUUUUGGACUGUCUUUUUGCCAUUUCUGAAUGUGUUAUUCAAUACGUUUCUAUGGGAGAUAGUAGUAGUUUUUUCGGGAUACCUAAAGGGGUCCUAAAAUUCUAAAUCAAAUAGAUAAAUGAUCCAUGGUAUGACCAUCUUAAAACAAUUCCAUAUGUUAGCUUAGUAGAACCCCCCCCCCCCCCCCCCCCCAUAAUGGCAUAAACUUUUAUAGGUUCAUGACUACAGUGGGGAAAAAAAGUAUUUAGUCAGCCACCAAUUGUGCAAGUUCUCCCACUUAAAAAGAUGAGAGAGGCCUGUAAUUUUCAGCAUAGGUACACGUCAAAUAUGACAGACAAAAUGAGAAAAAUUUUUCCAGAAAAUCACAUUGUAGGAUUUUUAAUGAAUUUAUUUGCAAAUUAUGGUGGAAAAUAAGUAUUUGGUCACCUACAAACAAGCAAGAUUUCUGGCUCUCACAGACCAGUAACUUCUUCUUUAAGAGGCUCCUCUGUCCUCCACUCGUUACCUGUAUUAAUGGCACCUGUUUGAACUUGUUAUCAGUAUAAAAGACACCUGUCCACAACCUCAAACAGUCACACUCCAAACUCCACUAUGGCCAAGACCAAAGAGCUGUCAAAGGACACCAGAAACAAAAUUGUAGACCUGCACCAGGCUGGGAAGACUGAAUCUGCAAUAGGUAAGGAGCUUGGUUUGAAGAAAUCAACUGUGGGAGCAAUUAUUAGGAAAUGGAAGACAUACAAGACCACUGAUAAUCUCCCUCGAUCUGGGGCUCCACGCAAGAUCUCACCCCGUGGGGUCAAAAUGAUCACAAGAACGGUGAGCAAAAAUCCCAGAACCACACGGGGGGACCUAGUGAAUGACCUGCAGAGAGCUGGGACCAAAGUAACAAAGCCUACCAUCAGUAACACACUACGCCGCCAGGGACUCAAAUCCUGCAUUGCUAGACGUGUCCCCCUGCUUAAGCCAGUACAUGUCCAGGCCCGUCUGAAGUUUGCUAGAGUGCAUCCAGAAGAGGAUUGGGAGAAAGUCAUAUGGUCAGAUGAAACCAAAAUAGAACUUUUUGGUAAAAACUCAACUUGUCGUGUUUGGAGGACAAAGAAUGCUGAGUUGCAUCCAAAGAACACCAUACCUACUGUGAAGCAUGGGAGUGAAAACAUCAUACUUUGGGGCUGUUUUUCUGCAAAGGGACCAGGACGACUGAUCCGUGUAAAGGAAAAAUGAAUGGGGCCAUGUAUCGUGAGAUUUUGAGUGAAAACCUCCUUCCAUCAGCAAGGGCAUUGAAGAUGAAACGUGGCUGGGGUCUUUCAGCAUGACAAUGAUCCCAAACACACCACCCGGGCAACGAAGGAGUGGCUUCGUAAGAAGCAUUUCAAGGUCCUGGAGUCUCCAGAUCUCAACCCCAUAGAAAAUCUUUGGAGGGAGUUGAAAGUCCGUGUUGCCCAGCGACAGCCCCAAAACAUCACUGCUCUAGAGGAGAUCUGCAUGGAGGAAUGGGCCAAAAUACCAGCAACAGUGUGUGAAAACCUUGUGAAGACUUACAGAAAACGUUUGACCUGUGUCAUUGCCAACAAAGGGUAUAUAACAAAGUAUUGAGAAACUUUUGAUAUUGACCAAAUACUUAUUUUCCACCAUAAUUUGCAAAUAAAUUCAUUAAAAAUCCUACAAUGUGAUUUUCUGGAAUAUUUUUUCUCAUUUUGUCUGUCAUAGUUGACGUGUACCUAUGAUGGAAAUUACAUGCCUCUCUCAUCUUUUUAAGUGGGAGAACAUGCACAAUUGGUGGCUGACUAAAUACUUUUUUCCCCCACUGUAUAUACAGUGGCAGAGCUAAGGUGAAAUUUUAAAUGGACCAUAACCUACACUUAUAAGUAUUAUACCUACCAAUCCUAUCUUAUCUUAGUACUACUUCUACUAAAUACAUCAGAGAUUCACAAGAAGCCCUUCUCUGCAGCCAACUCAAAAUGGCUUCCAGUUUCUCUCUCUCCAUCAGUAUAAAGCCACUGGUUGCCUGAGCUCAUACGCUGCUCGUAAACCUCCCUCCUCACUCUCCUGUGAAACUCCACCUUGCGCUUCAUUUCCAUGUGUUUGUGGAACAGUCUGCGUUUCUCCUGCUUAGGCAGUUGUUGGUUGUGGUAGCAGAAGCUGGCCAUGUUUAGGGACCGGGACUUCCAGUACCGCUCACAAUCCCAGAUCUCUGAGAAACCCAGGAGGACCCAACCUAAAGCCACAUGUUCAACCAGUUCUAGAUGUACCUUAAUGCAUUCUAAACAUGGAAUGUUGAGAAAUACACAUAAAAGGGAAGUGAACCAAAUCCUAGUGAGAAUACACUAUUUCAUUCUUACCAUUGUCGAUGAUAUUUGAUGGUCUUGCAAGGAGAUAUUGAUGUGCCAGUGCCAUCCAUGGUCCGGACUGAUGAAAUCGCUGGGUGUAGAAGUUCAUUUUAGAAAAUUGAAAAUCUUAGAUAGCAGAAGCAAGUCGUCUAGUCUUGGGGUUGUUGAAACCAAAACUGAGUUGCAAAUCAAUGCUGUGGCUCUUAACAACCAAGCAUUCUAAAUUCAAACAUUCUGCCGACUUUCCUUUGGUUGAUUUUGUGUUUUCACGAUUCAGAAUUCCCAUGACAAUGAAAAAUAGUGAAAUGAAUGGAAGUACUGUGGAAGUACUAAAAUCUGUUUUACAUUGAACUCGACACAGACAUGCACCAAUCCCCCAGAUAUGUUAUGAAUGGGUUGUGAUAUGCAAUUUGCGACUCUGUUUCUAUACUUCAUUGUAGAAUUAUGAAACACACACGUUCACUUGCACGCACGCACACACACACACACACACACACACACUUUUUUUAUGGGAUAAGCAUGGAUAUGUCUGCUCUUGCGUUGCUAUCGUUUGUGUAUCAUAGGGACCAUUGUGUUUUUGUAUCGUGUGAAUAUUGACCCAUAUGUUAGUGGCUGUUUUGAUAGUUGUAAUUCAGUGUGUUGUAUUCUACCUUUCCAUAGGUGUGGUAUGAGCAGGCUGCAGACACAGAGGCACAGGCAGAGACCAAGCCUGUAGGGUCAAAGGGCAAAGCCACCAAGUCAGCCAGCACCCAGGCUGCUACUGCAGAGAACAGCCCUGCUGACUACCAGUUCAGACUUCUCACCCUCUGCAAGAAGGGCAAGGCUAAAGGUACGCAGCCCUGGGGAGUUGAUAUUGCUACCAGACCUCCAUUGGUAAUAUUGGGGAUUUCCUGAGCUUCUCCUAAUACAGGAUAAUCUAUUCUACAGACAGUCCCAUGACAACUGAGACAUGGGAUGGUGAUCUCUGAUAUCAAUCCCUCUCUCCUGCUCCAUUUCUCUUUCUCUCUUCCUCUGUCGGUCUGUCCAGAGGCCUAUGGUAUGCUGAAGGAUGUUGAUAGGAAGGGUGUGACCCUGGGCCCGGCCCCCUACGACAGUCUGAUCCGGGCUCUGCUGGCCGAAGGUAGUAUGGAGGACGCCAUGGUGGUCAAAGAGAUGUGAGUCUGUCUGUCCUGUGUGCGUGUCCGUCAGUCAGUCCGUCCUGUGUCCUCUCCCUCACUCCCCCUCUCUAUCUGCCAGUCGAUCUGACAAAGAAACCAACCGUGAAUCCACACACUUUUACAGUGGGCUACUUCCACACUCAGAGCCAAAGUCUGGUUUGUCACAGGUUAAGCCUACAGUAUACAUGGCAGCCAGGGUUCUUGAAUUAGGUUUGAGAUUACAAAGUGAUUGUGAAUUGACCCUUAACCCUGCUGGAUGUGAACAGCAGUGUUCUGCUAAGCCUCGUUAGCGCUUGAGCCCCUUCGUAUCGCCACAGAUUAAUUAGGUUUUCUGGGAAGUGGAUGACUGCGCAAAAAAUGACAAUCUUCUGCUGAUUUAGUCAUGUAUCGUGUGUUUUUUUUUUGGGGGGGGGGGGGGUUGUCCUGGGAUCUUAGUAGCAGGAGUUAUCCUUUUAAAAAACGAGAGUGGAAUUAGGUUCUCAUCGCUCAUAACACAUGAUCUGUCCCCUUGGAGCAGGAGAGUCUUUGUGUAAUCCUCUCCUCCUUUCCUCUUCCCUUGCUCACUGCCCUGGGGUGGCUGUUGAACUUCCCUAUGUGUGUCUGUCUGUGUGUUUAUGAACAGUUAGCAUAAUUACCACAAGGACUCAACGCAUACCUUCCACAUUACACACAUCACAUCUCAUCCCCACCUGUCCCCCUUCUCCAGAACUUUAGGUACCCCUACGUCAGGCCACUAUAGGGUAUGAGUUAACCCAGGUUUUUUGGUCCUGUGAGAGAUCUUGGAUUUAUCAGAGAAGGGAGGGAGGGGGGUUGGUUUAAUCAUGUGGGAAGAUGAUCAAGACGCCAGUACAGUAAUAAUUCCCCUAGUGUGUGUAUAAAGCCUAGUCUCUUGCGUGUGGAUGACUUAGACACGGCUGGAGCCAGAUGGGGCCCAAGGCUGGGUUGGAGAGAGGAGAAGGAGGAGGGGCUGCAUCAUAACUGAGCAGUUGGGCGCUUAGCAGAGAUUAAGGGGAUUGGGAUGGAGAGAAAUUAGGGAGGGGGGUCAGAGCAGAAGUUGGGUAGAGGAGGGAGACCCCAGAGAGAGGGUGAAAAGAGAUGGAUGGGGUGGCCAGAGGGCAGGGACAGGAGGGAUUUUCUUUCCUUGGGAUUGAUAAGAAUCACUCUGACCCCGAGGUUUCUGCAGCAAUCUGUCCCGAGUGAGCGGAGGGCUGGCGGCCGGUCGGCACGGCGAUAAGGAGCAUGAGGCCAACGCUCAAUUGAGCAGCCAGAUUAAUCCGGUCGGAGACUGUAAUAAUAAAAGAGAGAUUGAUUGAGGUAUUAGUGGCUCUCAAAUGAAAAAAAAUAGGUCUGAAAGGACAAGGGGAUCGCCGAAGGGAUGGAGGGAAAGGGACAUUACCUAGGGUCUCUGCACUGCAGCAACUGUUCUCUCCCUGCCCAGCCCCAGAGGAGAGACACAGCUGGAGAGGACACCUCAGAGGGAGAAGUCUGAACACCCUGUUUCAUGUUUUACAUUACAUUUUGUAAUACUUCUAUAGCCAGACUUGAUUGGCAAUUGGACUCACUUUCACUCUGUCCCUCUGUUUCAGUCUGAUUUUCCACUUCUCUCUAUGCCCAUUUCAGUGGAGUGGAGGGUCGUUCACCUCUGCUGUAAGGUUGAAGAUUGUUGACUGAUGUCUGUUCUUCUGUCUCUCUGUUCCUCAGUGCCUUAGGCCGUGUUCCAGGGUUCAAGCUGAAUGACAUAGCUAACAGCCUCCUCAUCAUCACACAGGUCAAGAGAGGGCUAGCCAAAGGUGGGUUUUUGCGUCACACACACACACAACACACACACACUGAGUUUCUUUGUUGCACACAUUCUGUUGCCUUCCUCUCACCCCUAGAUGGCCUGUCCACGCUCAAGUCCAUGCUGCAGGGAGACCAGGUGCCCUCAAAACUGUCCGUCACACGAUUGGUGCAAUCCCUCGGGAGCCAUGGGGAUGUCCAGGGCAUCCAGGAAGUGGAGGUUCUGAUGAAGGGGUUGGGCACACCCCUCAACCUCUCCAGCAUGGUCUUUGUCAACAACACUGCCCUGGCACACAUCAAAAAGUAAGGUUCAUCUAACUCACCUACUUAGCACUCAAUCGCUCCCAGCUUUAUGAAGGGGUAUUGUCAUGCCGUUUUCAUGGGCUUCAGUAGCAUUGCAGUAAACCUGUUUCUUUAUUCUCUCUGUUAACACUUGGUUGCAGGGUUAAAAAUACCCUGGCCUCCAAUAUACAGCAGGGUUCCCCAACUGGUGGCCCGUGGGCCGAAUUUUGGCACCCAAUUUAUUUGGCCCCCAAGUUUUCUGAGCAAUUUUUUCUAUUGUUGUACAUAAAAGACUAUAAAAACACCAGGAAAUCAGCUCCAAAUGAUUUUAAUUUUGGAAGUGUGUUCCAAAGUAUUCCCAUGCAUAAUAGAGAGAUGUGAUCGUAUACAAAUAAUAAUUGAUUGGAUUUAUAUAGCACUUUUCUACCUACUGAGGUACUCCAAGCGCUUAGUGCAUUCGGAAAGUAUUCAGACCCCUUGACUUUUUCCACAUUUUGUUACGUUACAGCAUUAUUCUAAAAUUUAUUACAUCGUUUUUUUCCCCUCAUCAAUCUACACACAAUACCCCAUAAUGACAAAGCAAAAACAGGUUUUUAGACAUUUUAGCAAAUUCAUAAAAAACAAAAAACUGAUAUCACAUUUACAUAAGUAUUCAGACCCUUUACUCAGUACUUUGUUGAAGCACCUUUGGCAGCGAUUACAGCCUCGAGUCUUCUUCGGUAUGACGCUACAAGCUUGGCACACCUGUAUUUGGGGAGUUUCUCCCAUUCUUCUCUGCAGAUCCUCUCAAGCUCUGUCAGGUUGUAUGGGGAGUGUCGCUGCACAGCUAUUUUCAGGUCUCUCCAGAGAUGUUCAAUCGGGUUCAAGUCCGGGCUCUGGCUGGGCCACUCAAGGACAUCCAGAGACUUGUCCCGAAGCCACUCCUGCGUUGUCUUGGCUGUGUGCUUAGGGUCGUUGUCCUGUUGGAAGGUGAACCUUCGCCCCAGUCUGAGGUCCUAAGCGCUCUGGAGCAGGUUUUCAUCAAGGAUCUCUCUGUACUUUGCGCCGUUUGUCUUUCCCUCGAUCCUGACUAGUCUCCCUGUCCUUGCCGCUAAAAAACAUCCCCACAGCAUGAUGCUGCCACCACCAUGCUUCACUGUAGGGAUGGUGCCAGGUUUACUCCAGACGUGACACUUGGCAUUCAGACCAAAGAGUUCAAUCUUGGUUUCAUCAGACCAGAGAAUCUUGUUUCUCACGGUCUGAGUGUGUUUAGGGGCCUUUUGGCAAAACUCCAAGCGGGCUGUCAUGUGCCUUUUACUGAGGAGUGGCUUCCGUCUGGCCACUCUACCAGAAUGGGAGAAACUCCACCAAAUAUAGGUGUGCCAAGCUUGUAGUGUCAUACCAAAGAAGACUCGAGGCUGUAAUCGCUGCCAAAGGUGCUUCAACAAGGUACUGAGUAAAGGAUCUGAAUACUUAUGUAAAUGUAAUAUUCCAGUUUGUAUAUUUUUUAUAAAUGUGCAAACAUUUAUAAAAACCUGUUUUUGUUUAUCAUUAUGGGGUAUUGUGUGUAGAUUGAUGAGAAUAUUUUUUUUUAAAGAGUCAGGACAGCCGUUUUAACGUCCCAUCCGAAAGACUGCCACCCUACGCAGGGCAAUGUCCCCAAAUGUAAUUAAGGUUUGAAAUGAUUGUUUUAGUCAAAUAUGAUAUCUGUUUGGCCUUCUUGUUGUCAAUUUGCAGUCUAAAAAUGUUUUUUUAUUAUGUUCCGGCCACACGACCAUCUGCUCAAGAAAAAUUGGCCUGCGGCUGAAUCCAGUUGAUGAUCCCUGACCCAGAGGGUUAACAAUACCCUAGGGGAAUACAGCACACACAAUGGCCCGGUUAACAUUGAUGUGCUCACGCAGAGGAAUGUUUAUGAAGAGGUUGCCACAACCAAAUAGGCUAAACUCACCAAAUCUGAACAACCUAACCUGGCACCCCAACAAGCUAAUAACACUUAACCCUUCUCCACCCUCCCUUCCUCUCCUUCUCCCACAUCCAUCCCUCCCUCCCCCUCCCUCCCUGUCCUUUUCUGCCCUCCUUCCCUCCCUCUACCUCCCUCCCUCUCCUUCUCCACCAGCCCACAUUAAGAUUUAAUCUGGGCCUGAAUUCAUUGUGAUCGCUGUGACUGAGUCUGAAUAAUUUACAGAGGUCCAUCUCUAAAUGUGGCGCUGCUUUCUGGACCCUUCCCUCUUAACCAGUCAGCUCGGCUCAAGUCGUGCCAUCCCACACGUGUCACAGCAGCUUAGGCCGAUAGGGUUGGGGGGGUCAGAGUUCAUCCUGACAGGCCCAGGCGGGCGAGAGCAGGGAGCGCUGCCCAAUCGGGCAUGAGUGCCUUUUCACUUCCGCUGUCCUAUCAUCCUGCGUCUCAGCUCUGGGAGCUAGGCGGGGAUGACACCCCCAUGCCACCGUUAGCGGCAAGAAUGCUAAUGCGGCCGAUAAAAGUUUGAUGCACUUUGUUUUUCUCUUUCUCUCUGUUUGGACAAAUGAGGAGGAGGAGUGAGGAGGUUCUCUGCUACUCGCAUAUUUAGAGAAUAUUUAAUCAUACCUCCCUGUAUGCCCUCAUCGACCUCUAUCUCUGUCACUGUGGUGUUUUACUGGUUAUUUCUUUCCCAGAAAGUUCUGUUGCUGCUACUUCCCCCAGCAGAUACAUUGAGGUCUCAGUGAAUCAGUGAAGAGACUGGAGUCGGUUUCUUUCUGUUUUUGACCUAGCUAAAUGCCUAUCUUUUCUGUCUCUCUCUCUGUCGCUCUCUCAGUGGAGACUUGCACUCUGCAGUGGAGGGCUUGGAGGCUGUCUACACACAGGGUGAUGGGCCUCAGGGUCCGGCUGCCAGCAUGGCCUUCGUCUUCAGGAAGGUGCUGGAGGAGAACAACGGCGCUGCUCUGGAUAAAUGUAAGGAACACCGACACCCGUAUAACCUCAACCGCCCACCUACACACAAUGCAGUAAAACAAUGUGUCUUUAAUGUCCAACACUGUCCCCACUUUCAUAUAUAAUUUACUGCAGUAGUUGAUACUCUUGGAACAGCCCAUCCGCAAGCAGCGUACCAACCUGUAUACCCUAUAAGAUCAAUCUUCUCAUUAACCUUGCUGAGUGAGAUCUAUGUUGAUUGUGACCCUGUCUGUGUCUCUGUGUAGUGAGUGCCAUGGCAGAGAGGCUGGCCAAUCACUUUUCAUCGUACAGAGCUGCGUCAGACCUCUUCCUACAGCUGCUGGAGGCUAACAUGGUAGAGGACGCCAAGUUCAUGCUGGCCGUAAGUAUCCCACUCACCCAGUGACAUCAGCCAGUUUCAACUAUUAGUCUGUGGGUGUAGCGCUCAUGGCUGGCUGUCUGUUUGUCUGUUUGUCUGUGUGUGAUCAUGUGUGCGCAAACAUUAGGAACACCUGGUCUUUCCAUGACAUAGACUGACCAGGUGAAUGCUAUGAUCCCUUAAGUCUGUGGGUGUAGCUCUCGUGGCUGGCUGUUUGUCUGUGUGUGUGUUCAUGUGUGCGCAAACACGAUUUUGAGCCCGAUUUAGCAGUCCCAGACAAGUUUUUGAGAUCGGAGACUAAAUCCCCAUGUCGUUGCCUACUCGGGACGCGCGGCUGUCACCGAUGCUCGUUUAAUGUGAGCGGGUCACAAUCUGAGGGCUACCAAUCUCGUCUUUGAGCAGUCCCAGACAUCCUGAUAUUUUCAAACAUGUUUGAUUUUAUCGGCACAAAAUCUGCAAUGCUCUUGUAGUGUGAGAUGUGCAACGACAAGUUUUGAGAACGAUGAUCAGCAAUGGCCAAUGAGAGCUCGCCGGAGAAGAAACCAGUGAGAUGAUGAAGUUGUUUUUCAUCACCCAGAAUGUGUAGACUCUUGAGCAGGAGUGAUGACUAGGACUACUACUAGGACUACUACUAGGACUACUACUAGGACUACUACUAGGACUACUACUAGGACUACUACUAGUAUGUGUUUGUUCUUGCCAAAGUGUCAAAACGUUCACAAGCAAUGUUAUUCGAUUCAAAAUGUUGGCUAGAUAUUUCAACUCUUUAUGGAAAGCGUGAAUGUCUGACUGAAAACGUUUGCGGAUGCUUUGAGCCAAAUCUCGUUGUAGCUACGUUAAAUUUUAUCACAUCACAUUGUUUUCACGAGACAGUGUGGUAUCGAGAGUCCUCACGACCAAGUGAAGAAUCUUGUAGUGUGUGACUCCCCCCCCCCCCCCCCCAUCUGCCAUAUCGUUUAGUGUGAGCAACACUACCUUGGCAAGACGAAGAAAACUACAGGAAAGAUGGUUGUUUAAUGUGAGAGGUUCAGUGAUUUUAGGAUUUGGAAGUUGUGUAGUGUACACCCGGCUUUAUUGAUGGCACUUGUUAAAUCCACUUCAAUCAGUGUAGAUGAAUGGGAGGAGACAGGUUAAAGAAGGAUUUGUAAGCCUUGUGACAAUUGAAUGGGCAAGACAAAAUAUUUAAGUGCCUUUGAACAGGGUAUGGUAGUAGGUGCCAGGAGCACCGGUUUGAGUGUGUCAAGAACUGCAACACUGCUGGGUUUUUCACGCUCAACAGUUUCCCCGUGUGUAUCAAGGAUGGUCCACCACCCAAAGGAUAUAUAGAUCACAUUCACGUCACAUAAAGGUCGAUGAGUAUAAUUUACUUUGAAAAUAUGCAAGAUGGAUCGGUUUGCUCAGUUAUAUGUAAUUUAAAUGUUGCUCGAGCCACAUGAACGUCAAACGAGACCGUCUGGUGCCACACUCCUCCAGAUCAUGUUCCCCUUGAAUUCACAUGUAAUUAUACUGCUGCUCAAUGAUUAACAAGAUGGUUGAUUCCAACAGAGACAUGAAAAUGAACACAGAUACUAAUCUAAGUUUAUAAGAAAUUAAAGCCAAAUUAAAAUAAUCUGUGUUUCGUGUAAUAUGCAUCUACUUGAGCAUAUGUAGCAACUUUGCUGGCAUUUCUGCAGGCCUACUGCCUCCUCCUCUUCAAGGUUUAUUGUAAGGUAACAGGGGAACGAUUCUAUUUUAGAAGAAACUGUUAACUAAACUCUGAAAAGCUUUUAACGAGGCAGAUGACAAGUGUGUUGAUUGAAAUCAUUAAGAAGUAAAUCGGACCAGAAGUCAGUGAGGCAGGGUCCUCCCAGACCUACUCUGGGAGGUUGGGGUUCGGGGUAGAGAUAUUCUGACAUUCCCAGCUUAUCCAGAGCUUUUAAGCAGUCGUGAGGGAGUAUGCUCGUCCGGGAUCAGGGAUACAGGGAGGUUGCGUCACGGCCAGUCUGGCUUUUGGAUAAAACAGGUCCUAGCGGAGAGAGAGAGAGAGAGAGCGACUGGAGAGAAGAGAGUGGGGGAGUGUAAGUGAAGUGGAAUAGUGUUGUUCUAAUUGCCUGAUUGUACUAAAGCCAUUCUGCCGCUGAGUGACUCUGGCCCUCUGUUUAAUACGCUGCUACACUGCGCUGCGGUUAAAAGCCUCCGAGGCCUCUGCUUUUAAUUCCACCCAAGGAAAGAAACACAUGCCGUUCACGAAUGGCUUGUAAUGUGACCUCAUUGCCACUGAACCCAGAGAAGACUCGGAGCACGGCAAGGUUUAAUGCAGCACUCGGAGAGACACACACACUUUUCAUAGUCUUUACUUCUUACCUAUUUUUUAAGGUUACAUCUUCAGCCCAAAGCAAAUCUCUCAAUUGUUUUAUAUAAAAAGUAUUUCUAAAUCAUCACCCUGCAUUUAAAAUGGCUGCUUUGAAUGCUUUGUGAUUUAUUUAUUUUCAAAUAAAGAGCCUGUUUCCAUACAUUCUUCCGUAGGUUUGAACCCUGGUUGUUUCUCUCAUUCUCCUUGUUAUGAGAGCUACUUCCCCAACCUCACUUCCUGCCUCUGGUAAUUGGCUAAUGACAGAAAGUAAAGGUGGUGAAGUAAAUUACCCACUAGAAUGCUACGGCGUAGUACAGAUUCCAAUCAGCCCCUUUAUGUUGCUAAGUGUAGAUAAUUAUACUUUAAAGUGAACAGGCACUGUACAUUAAAAUUUUAUAAAGAAAUCAGUAGUUAUCUGGCUGACACCCUAUUAACGGUGUAAUUAACCUAUAACUGCAGACCGUUGUAUGGAGUGCAGGGAGAUAUAAUGAAAGGGCUAAAGCAAUUCAAAAACACUUAAGAGCACAAAACGCACGGCACCUCAAAUAGAAACCUGUUCACAAGCAGAGAUGCACUCCUACAGUACAUGUACACUUGUUUACAUGUCCCUGAAUUGCUGUGUCUUUGUGUGGUUGUAUGCACGUGUGUAUGCCUGUAUUUGUUUCUACACGGUAGUUAGCUAGGUUUCCAUCUAAUUGGCAAAUAUUCUCAAAUCCCGCAUUUUCCCACCAGAGAUGUUUCCAUCAAAUGUACUUGUUGUGGAUGAAAGGCUGUGCGUGACGGCGUAGUGCACAUCAAAAUAACUUUUGCGGUUAAAAUCCACGUUUUUUUUACAUCGCAUUUUCAACUCUACUGAUGGUUUUGUCACUAAAAAUGUUGCAUUAUAGCAAAUGUGCUCACUGGUCUUGGCACUUGUGCUCUAGCCAACAUAUUGCAGACACAGGGCAGGUAGGCUACCUACGUGAUGAGAUUAUGGAUAAGAGCCAGAUAAUUUUUAUUUGUCAAACGGCAGCCAAGCAUCGAUCAUCAUGUCACCAGAAUAAGACCCUUGAUAUUAAUUGGAAAGGAGCAUCAAGCUUAUCACCGUGCACUUUCACCACCCUGUGAAGGUCAUCAUAACUUGGUUUUUAUAUGGAGCCUAAUAAACUGCAUGGUUUCCCAAGUAGUGGGAGGACCACACACCAUAUCGCAUGACCUGAAGUUUACUUCGAUAUGAUGGUUAUUAUAUCAAUUAUAUCUACUGCCAUUUCUCGCAUAAUUAAUUUUACAGACACAAAAAGAUCCCAUCUUGUCUAGCAUAUUCGGUUUUGUCCACCUAUGGAAAGUUAACCGACAAAUUAUAUGUUUCCAUCACGCCUGUCGUGACAUUGUUUUUAUCCAACAUGUACUUUACUCACAUAAAAAGGUUGGACGGAAGCCUGGUUAGUCAUUGUUGUAUUCAUGACUCUGUUCUCACCUGUCUCUCUUCUCUUUCCAUAGCGCUGUAAUGCUGUGGCUGAACAGAAGGAGAUUCUGGUCUCUUACAUGUCCAGGCUGGCCCAGAAACCAGGCCAGGUACAACCAGCUCCUCCAACCAGACUAGAUCAUAUCUGAACCAAUGGGUUAUUUAUUAUUUUCCUUCAUUUAAAGUGCCUGGAGAAAUUCAUCAUCAUUAUAUUUUACAUUUGAGUCAUUUAGCAGAUGCUCUUAUCCAGAGCGACUUACAGGAGCAACUAGGAUUAAGUGCCUUGCUCAAAGGCACAUCGACAGAUUUUUCACCUAGUCUGCUCAGGGAUUCUAACCAGCGACCUUUCGGUUACAGGCCCAACACUCUUAACCGCUAGGUUACCUGCCUCCCUAUAGUAUUAUCAUAUAAGGAGUGUUAUGACUUUGUGGCAUCUAUCUAACUCUGUCUAUCUGUUAUAGGUGGGCAAGAUCAAGACCCUGAUGACUCUCAUCCCAGACUUCACAGAGAAGGAGACAUUGUAUCCCUACCUGAUGAAGUGCUAUGGUAAAACGUUGUGUAAAGCCACGCUCAGACUAGAGUAGGGAUCGUCAACUAGAUUCAGCCGAGGGACGAUUUUUUUUCUUGAGCGGGUGGUCAGGGGGCUGGAACAUAAUUACAAAUAGUUUGUAGACUGCAAAGUCACCGCAAGAAGCCCAAACUGAUAAUAUUUGACUAAAACAUAAUCAUUUCAAACCUUGCUUUCAUUUGUAUACGAUCACAUAAAUCUCUCUAUUAUGUGUGGGAAUACUUUGGAACAGGUUUCCCAAAUGUAAAUCACUUGGAGCUAAUUCGCUUGGUUUUUUAUGUCCCCAAAACAUAACAAAAAAUUAAACAUAUUUUUUGGGAGGGGGCAAAUAAAAUCACCCACGAGCCAAAUUCGGAUCGCAGGCCGUAGGUUGGGGAACCCUUGACUAGAUCAUUUACCAUUUGACAUAAUGCACUCAUACAUAGGAAAUACUCAAUAUAAAUGGUCAACUUAUGUAUUAUACUGUAAUUUUGCACGAUGCAGUCAAAUCACACUAAAUUUAGUGAUGUUGGGUAGAGGACGCCACACAUUGUUUGAAGAGGACAGGAUAAUAAGCUUUGGUACAUCAGUUCGGUGCUCGGCUCCCUGGCCUGUCUAAGCUAUAGUGGGGGAACUUAAACAGGGUGCGUCGUUCGGCUUGCUGGCCUGUAGCUAAGUCGUCAUUAGCUAGCAGAUCAAAUAUGCAUGAGGCAAGAGGGAGCAGACAGCGUCUGCUGGAACCUGAGAGGUGUUUUUGGAGAACAGGAACACAUGUUCACUAAUGACUGGUUCUGCUUCAGCCAGUGUGGCGUGCUAAACGCGACACGCUGAACUACUUCAGGCCUUCUGUUCCUCACAGGGAGCAUGACUAUUUUAUUAGCGCUAGUUCUCCUGGUGGUCAAGAAGUGGUCAGAGGUAACAAAGUGGUACAAUUAACACUUCUCUUUGUCUUCUGCUUUUAGUCAACACAUUUUUCUGUUUUUCUCUUUCCUUCAACACUUUUUGACCUCACGCAUCAACUUUCUCACUCUUGGAAAUGCAUCCACACACACACACAAACCCAGGUGUGGACAACGACCUGCCGUCAGCUAAGACCCUGUACCAGCAGAUGCAGACGGAGGGAGUGGAGGCUGAUGAGCUGUGUCUGAAGAGACUUGCCGUGCUGUACAGGAACGCAGGAGAGACCGUCCCCUUUACUGAGCCCCCUGUGAGUGCACAUACAUAGACACACUGUGCUCUGCUUGCCACCUCAAUGCCAUAAUAGUGUCUAUGUCAUGAGCGUUAAACUAGGAAUAUCAUUUGGUUGUUGGAAAGAAGAUCCAAACCUGACUGCAAUGUCAUACCCACAAGACUGUCCUAGUGCUGAGGUCUUGUAUUGUCUACUGGGCUACAGAACAACAAAUCACACUCUUACAUAUACUCUCACAAAAACACACACAUGCAGUAUACCCGGCCGCACAAACCCCAGCCCUAACUGGGGUUGGCAUCUUUUCCACUGGUGACCUAAUGUCUGCCAGGGUGUGUGUGUCUUGGUGGGAUCACUGGGCGUAAUCAGAGCCAACAGUCUGCCUGCUCCGAGAGCCUCAAUUCAGAAGGCCUCUGCUCCAUUCUCUACAUGUUUGUGCUUUUAUCUGGGGUUUUGUGGCUUGCAUUGGAUUAUGCCUGCAGUCGUAACCUAACACAUUACUAUGUAUUACAUUUUUACAUUUACAUUUUAGUCAUUUAGCAGACGCGCUUAUCCAGAGCGACUUAUAGUUAGUGAAUACAUAUUUUUUUAUACUGGCCCCCCGUGGGAAUCAAACCCACAACCCUGGCGUUGCAAACGCCAUGCUCUAUCAACUGAGCUACAUCCCUGCCGCCCAUUCCCUCCCUUUCCCUGGACGACGCUGGGCCAAUUGUGCGCCGCCCAUGAGUCUCCCGGUCGCGGCCGGCUGCGACAGAGCCUGGAUACGAACCAGGAUCUCUAGUGGCACAGUUAGCACUGCGAUGCAGUGCCUUAGACCACUGCGCCACUCAGGAGACUAUACAGUGAUAUCUGUUUUUAAUAAUAAUAUUAUUAUUAUUAAUAUUAUUAUAUCUGUUUUGAUUGCAGUGGUAUUCUUUUUUUUUUUGUUGGUGCAAGUCUUUGGUUGUUUGGCACAGAAUGAUGUCAGUGAGUUGUGCACUAUGAGGUUGUAAUGAGCUGGUAAGAGAGGUAGGGAGUUAUCAGGUACAGCACUUGAAUCAUAGGACAUUAAGGUACAUUAACACAACACCGGCAAAUUGGCAAUCAGCCAAAGUAUUCACACUGCACUCCAGGAGUUCUCACUAACUAGGUCAACCACUUGAGUUGUUUACAUUGCCCUGCACACACACACACACACACACACACCCCUGCAGAGCAGAAUCUGUCAAUGCCAUGUCCCCUAGGGGGGUGUAGAGUCACCCUGAAGCCCCACCCCCUCACCCACAGAGAUGCAGAGAGAACUCACAUCACAGGCUCACUGCAUUAUUCACUAUCUGCCGGAAAGGUACAGCCACGUUGCAAAACUACCACAGUAGAGUGGGGGGGUCAAACAUAACCCCCCCACCCCCUUAUCCUUCUGAGAACAGUCUUCAGAGCUCUCAAAUCACCUUUAAAGUUUCAACAAACCAAUCUCAGGUAGUGCCCCCCUUCCCUACACCCUCUUCCACCCUCCUGUUUUCAGACUGCUGUUCUAGCUGGAGUACAAAGCGGUCUCCUGAGAGAGCAGAUAAGGGGAGAUUUGAGGCGCGGCCCGCGUCAGGCCCUCUCGCCAACACGGCUAUUUAUCUACUUUAAUUACACGGUUAAUAGGGGAAUAUACAAUGUUACAGCAACGUUAAUCUCCUGAAAGCACUCACCUUCCCAAAAAAGCCCCACUUUUUUUUCAGCCUGAAAGCAGGACUUAAUUAGGCGGACUAGAGGGAGGGGAGGAAAAGUGUAAAUCCCUUAUUUGUGUAUUAAUCAGGAUUUGGAGAUGAAACAAGAGCCCGUGAUUGGAUGGAGAAGUCUAUUAGUUAGACCCAGGGGUGCGGUGGACUUGUUGAAGGGGGAGUGAGCCCUGGCUAUGAUUUGCGAUACACACACACACACACACACACACACAAACAAAUACACUAAUACAGUCCACACCCACACUGUGUUAAUUUGUAGAUUGUACAGACUUUGGUUUUGGUUGUUCCCUAUCAUAUACUGAAUAUCUGUUACUAUGAACUGCGUCUGCUAAAUUACCAUAUUAUUAGAUUACUAUCGGUUAACUUUUAUUUUUUGAUCCCCGCUUUCCAGGAGACGUUUAAGUUUUAUGCAGAAAAGCUGAAAGAGAAGUCCAAGGGAUCGCAGCCGAGCGCCGCAGUAGAGGAA